GGAAAUUAUCAUGACCAACGGCUCUGGUUGAAGCUAACUUGAUGCUAGUGACAGGAGCUAAACUCGAUUUCAUUCAGGAGAUAAACGACCAACGUUUGUCGCAUUUGGAAGAUAGUAACUCGCUAAACAGCAUAUUUUUUAUAACAAUGUGAAUUUCUUUAACCACCAGCUGGUAUCUUACAAGCGGCCGCUGUGCCGUACAGGUGCAGGUAGCUAACGUUAGCGGUGGAGAGUUAGCUCUUUGGCUAACACUGGAGCUAGCUCAGCGGAAUGGAUCUCUUCGACGACCUGCCGGAACCGAGGCAAACAUCCGGUCGAGUUUCCUCAGCGACCACAGCUCGACCACAGGCCACCACAGAAGAAGAAGAGGAGGAAGAUGAGGAGGAGAAGAAGAGGUUGAAGCGGAGGAGAGAGGACACUGAGGAGGAGGGGGAGGUCAAGAGAGUUUGUAAAGAAGGCCUCCCUGUGCUGAAGGGCUACGUGGCGGCGCGCCGCGGCGAGCGGGAUGAGAUGCAGGACGCUCACGUCCUGCUGCCCGACAUGAGCAGCUACCUGAACGCUCGGCCCAGUCCAGCGUCUCGCGUGUCCUACUUCGCCGUGUUCGACGGUCACGGAGGAGCUCGGGCCUCCCGAUUCGCCGCCGAGCAUCUCCACCACAUUCUGGCCAACAAGUUCCCAAGCGGGCUAACGGGGAACAUGGACGUGCUGAUCAAGAGAUGUCUCCUGGACACGUUCCGGCAGACGGAUGAAGACUUUCUGAGGACGGCGUCCAGCCAGAAGCCGGCGUGGAAGGACGGCUCCACGGCAACCUGCGUUCUGGCGGUGGACGACACCGUGUACGUGGCCAACCUGGGGGACAGCAGGGCGGUGCUCUGUCGGAUGGAGGCGGCGGCAGCGGGCGGAGGGAGGAGGUCGCUGACUCUGCCGCUCAGCACAGAACACAACCCGACCAUCUACGAGGAGAGGAGGAGGAUCCAGAGGGCGGGAGGCACCGUCCGGGACGGCCGGGUGCUGAGGGUCCUCGAGGUGUCUCGGUCCAUCGGAGACGGUCAGUACAAACGAUGUGGAGUCAUUUCAUCGCCCGACACCAAGAGGUGUCAGCUCACAGCCAAUGACAGGUUCAUCCUGCUGGCCUGUGACGGGCUCUUCAAAGUCUUUUCUGCUGAGGAAGCCGUUAAGUUCGUGCUUCACAUCCUGCAGUGCGUUCAGUCCUCCCUUCCUCCCCUGCAGGAGGCGACUGUGGAGCAGAAGCCGGGGCUGACGGAGGAGGAGGUGCGGUCUGAAGCUGCGUGCCAGCGAUUGGCUAGUGAGGCGGUGAGGAGGGGCUGUGCCGACAACGUCACUGUGAUCCUGCUUUCCAUCAGCUUCUGAACACACACACACACACACACACACACACACACACACGUUUUCCAAUAAAACGCUUCCCUUCGUCUCGGCUGUAGAAGUGACUUAUUGAUGAAAGCUCAGUGAUCGUUUUACUCUUUAAGUGUGUCUAUUAAAGUAAAGUGUUACCUGGUGCUCAGCGUGUCUCGGUGUUCUACAUACUGAACCGACUCACACUAGCUUGUAAAACAAUAUUAAAACUACUAUUAUCAAAAGAAA